AUGUCGCUUCCUCGUCUUGCUUUGGCCACUCGUGCCACCACCAUGCGCACUACUCAAAGGAACUCUUCUGGAGGCUUCUAUGGAUCCAACAACUUUGAUGGUUAUCGUCAAUCGCUUGGGCAUCAGCUAAAAACCGCUGAAGGCACUUGGCAAACUUGGCGCAAGAUCUUCUUCAUUUGUUCUAUUCCCUGCCUCGCUAUGACGAUGUAUGCUGCGCUGGCCGACCAUCAGAAACACCAUGAGAAAGGACGUCGCGAGUACAAAGAGUAUCCAUACUUAACUGUUCGCAAUAAGCCUUUCCCUUGGGGAGAUGGCAACCACACACUCUUCCAUAACGAAACGGAACACAUCAUCACUAAACGA